GAUGGGUCCGGGUGGGGCGCGCGUGGACUAUGGGCCCGGGAGGUCCCUUACUGUCCCCGAGCCGCGGGUUCCUCCUGUGCAAAACGGGGUGGCACUCCAAUCGCCUGCUUGGUGAUUGUGGCCCCCACACACCUGUUUCUACGGCGCUUAGGUUCGAACAGUAACCCUGUAAACUAGGCACUGCUGUCCCUGCUUUACUGGUGGGAAACGGGCUCGGAGAGAAAUGAGCUGCCCUAAGCGACUGGGACAGAGCCACAGUUCUCAGCCGGGCUUUCUGAGCCCACGCGGCCGCCCCAGCAGGGAUCAAAUCACACAGUGCUUCAUCGCAGUAGGAAUGGCAGCCCCAUCUAUGAAGCAAAGACAGGUCUGCUGGGGGGCCCGGGAUGAGUACUGGAAGUGUUUAGAUGAGAACUUAGAGGAUGCUUCUCAAUGCAAGAAGUUAAGAAGCUCUUUCGAAUCAAGUUGUCCCCAACAGUGGAUAAAAUAUUUCGAUAAAAGAAGAGACUACUUAAAAUUCAAAGAAAAAUUUGAAGCAGGACAAUUUGAGCCUUCAGAAACAACUGCAAAAUCCUAGGCUGUUCAUAAAGAUUGAAAGUAUUCUUUCUGGACAUUAAAAAAGCUCCACUGACUAUGGGACAGUAAUAGUUUGAAUCAUAGUGAACAUCAAUGCUUGUUCCCUAUAUAUGACACUUGAUAAUUAAGAUGAUCAAGAACCAGAAGAUCUGUGAAGAAAUGAAAUAAAAUGGUAUUUAGUAAUCUCUAAGAAAAAAAGUAAAACCUGUUAUAAACACAUGUACUUUUUUUUGUUUUGUUUUUAAUUAGAGGAUGGGUAGUAGGCAGAUAAAAUUUAUAAUAUACAUAGAAGUGAAAUAAAUGGGAGUUAGCAUUUUAAUACAGGCAAGAGCUAUUACAACAACCCAAGUGAGAAAUGAUGAGGGUUUGUGGAAGGUUUAUAAGGAAGAAGGGUGAAUUUAAAAUACACAAGUAAAAUAAUAAAAGCCAUCUAUAAAAAAGCCCAUAGCUAAUAUCAACACUUAAUGUUGGGACAGUAACUGGAUAUCUAGCUAGUCCAGUGAGACAAAAAAGAAAAA